AUGUCCACCACGUCUCACGUCUACUCUGCGCACCACUCUUCGUUUGCCUCGACCAAGUUCGGUGAGGAUGGCUCUACGACACCUGAGUUCGACUUCAUCGUCGUUGGUGGCGGUCCUGCCGGUUGCGCGCUCGCAGCACGGCUCGCUGAGAACGAGGCAGGGUAUUCUGUCCUCCUGAUCGAGCAGGGAACAACCGUUGAGCAAAAUCCGGAGCUGCAGAACUCCGUCAGGCUGCCUCUACUCACCCGUUCCCUGCAUGGUAGCUCCUUUGAUGUUCUUUACCCGACUGUCGGGGAGGAUCAGUUCUCCCAGAGAGAACUAAGGAUUAGCAGCGGCAAGGUUUUAGGUGGUUCCACCUGUAUAAACUGGGGGAUCUGGACUAGAGGUCCGAAAGAGGACUACGAUCUGUGGGCUGAAUUGACUGGGAACCCGGAAUGGUCUUGGAACAGCAUCGUUCCGACAUUCAACCGUAUUGAACGGAGAGUGCGAUCAGCCGAUGGACCGACAGGGGGUUGUAUUCCAGUACGUGCCAGCUCGCAGUCCCCGAGGGAUAAUUAUUGGUCCCACACGGCAUCGCUAUCCUUGGACGAAGCUGGGUUCCAAAAGAUAACAGAUAUCAAUGCUGGGCAUAUGCUUGGCUAUGGUGAACUAGUCGAAAAUGUGACAGGCGGUGGCCAGAGGGCUACGGCGAAUGAAUACUUGAAGAAGGCGGCAGAGAAGGGGGGCGCCCUCGAAGUGUGGACAGCUGUACGUGUAGAGAAGGUCUUGUUUGAAGAUGUCCCCGACGCUACGAAGAAGCGGGCGGUGGGUGUUUCCACUCAUGUAGGUACUGUAAGAGCUAGGAAGGAAAUCAUCUUGUCCGCAGGGGCCGUGCAAAGUCCUCACAUUCUCCUACUCUCUGGAAUAGGCCCAGAGUCGCAACUCCAGGCCCACGGGAUCCCUCUGGUUUAUGACCUGCCUGAAGUUGGGCAGAACCUAUGGGAACACCCGUUUGUCGACAUAAGGUUCAAGCUUCGGAGUGACAAACGGCGCGAUACAGCGGAGGACCUGGCCAGUCUUAGAACUGCUGGUCGACAUUUGGACAAGUGGGCGAAUGAAGGAAAGGGCAUGAUUAAUGGAAUCCCUGUCGAGUGGUUCACCUUCAGCAAUUGUAAAGAAUAUAUAGAACCAAUUCUGAAUGAUGAUCCCAGUACUACGGAAUACGAGAGGGCUAUUUUUCUAAGGUCUACAACUCCUCAUGUCGAACAAUUCUUGCAUUACGGCCACGGCCUCACUGCAGCUCCGGACCCCCUUCAAUCGUCCUAUAUCUCCAUCUCUAAUGUCCUUCUUACGCCCCGCUCUCGCGGCUCUGUAUCUCUGGGCUCCCAGUCAUUCGUCGCCGCUCAGGAUUCCGCUUGUUCGCCGAUAAACCCCCGCUUCCCUAGAAUUGAGGUGAACCAGAUGAAGCAGCCUGUAGAUCGAGACAUGAUGGUCACUGCCAUCGAGAAGGCGUAUGAUAUCCUGAGCUCGAAGGCUUGGGAAGAGUUCUUGGAGCCUCAGGAGAAGCCCAGCAAGGGCGCGAUCCUGGACACUAUUAGAGAGAGGGUGACAACUCGUGGGUCCCUGGAUAAAAUGAUAGCUGUGUCUCUUCACUGA